UCCAAGUAGUUAUAUUGAAUUCCAAUAUUGAGAUAGUGAGAAUUAACUACAUGAAUUUCUACAGAUAAUAUUUCGAAUGAUUAUGUUUAAUGCGAUUUUAGUCUUUCUUUUUAUCAUAGACGAAGUACUAUGCGACACGUGCUACAAGUACAACAGUUAUUCCGGGUAUUACAGCACCUACUGUAGUGGACACUGUAGCGGAUCAUAUGGAAGCGAAUAUUGUUAUUACUAUUAUUAUGACUACGGAAACUAUGUUAUUUCCGGAGGUGCCAUAGCAGGAUUGAUUAUAGGUGUAUUGGCAGCAGCAGCCAUUUUUGUUGUAAUUGUCGUUGUAUGUAUAAAAGGAGGAUGUAACAAAGGUAGACCAGGAAGAGUAGUGACAACAACAGGCACGGGAAUAGGAACACAUGUGGCUGUUACAAACACCAGUCAUAACCCAGGAUAUAUGAAGCCUAUGCAGCCUAUGAAUCCAUAUGGUUAUUCUGCCCAACCUCCUCCUGCGUACGGCAUGAUGUAUCCACAAACACAGCAGGUUUCGCCAGCUUAUCCGCCGGCUCCUGGAGUACAACAGGGAUACGGUGCACCUGCCCAGCCACAAUACAGUUCUGUUUAUAAUCAACCAGUCUUUGGCAAUUUGCCACGUGCAAAUAUGUGACAAAUUGUUUAAAUGAAAUGCAUUUAUUUUUGCACAAACUUUAUAAUUGAUUAAAAUGUUAGUUAUUGAAUCAAAUAUAUAUAAUUAGCACUAACUUUUAAUAUUUCGUUAAAUUUGAUGAAGAUUUUGUAUUCUUAUUGAACACAAUAUUUAUGAAUAUUUAUAAAAGUUAUCCUGUAUUUA